UUUGGUUUGAUUUGAUUUUUUUGAGACGUAGUUUUGCUCUUAUUGCCCAGGCUGGAAUGCAAUGGCACAAGCUUGGCUGCCUGCAACCCUCGCCUCCAGAGUUCCAGUGAUUCUCCUGCCUCUGCCUCCCUACUUGCUGGGAUUACAGGCACCUGCCUGCAAGCCUGGCUAAGUUUUUGUAUUUUUAGUAGAGGCCGGGUUUCACCAUGUUGGCCAGGCUGGCCUUGAACUCCUGACCUCAGGUCAUCCACCCAGUUCUGCCUCCUAAAGUGCACACUGUUCUAUUUGCAGAGUGAAAUAUGAGUGGGCGAGAAAGAAAACAUAGACCAUUACGACAUGUGCGACUUGUUCAGCUGACCAGGCCUGCCGAGCCCAGUGUGCCAGAGCCUCAACGAGAAAAACCACCAGCUGAAAGUCUGGAUCCUACACCUGGUCAGAAGAGAGAAGAAGAUCAGGGUGGAGCUAAGAUUCGAAUGCCCCACCUGAAAGCUGAUCUCCAGAAGCUGUCUCAGUCAAAGACUGGGGGUGAAUGCGGAGAUGGUCGUGAUGUACAGGGGAAGAGUGUGCCAAAAUCAGAGGAAUUUAAAAUGCCAGAAGGAGCAGAAGAGAAACCACAGGUUUAAACGAAGACGAGCUGAAAGAAUGCAAACUGCAUUUAUCUGAGAUAUUUGACUUUUAAAAAUCUCAAUAAAGUUUUCCAGUUUUCUCCAAAGAAGUUUUGCACAUGUUUUGUUCAUUUAUUCUCACAUAAUAG